GAUGAUUAAGAAAUCAAAAUGGCGUCGCGUGCACGGUGCCGAUAAUUUUCGUUACAUUAGAAUGUUCGUUAUUAUUUUUUGUGCAUGAUACAAGUAAAAUGCGAGCAAUAUAUGCAAUUAAAUGAGUGACAUUUAAUGAAAUUUUAUAUGAGAAAUUGUGAAAUAACAUCAUUCUUGUAGCAUCAUAAUUUUGGAAUAACUCGCUCGACAACCGUUGUGAGACAAUCUAAGAAAAAGUACUGUUUUGCGUAUGGCUUUUAAACUGCACAGACAGUUUCAUAUCGCCGUUAACCGUGUUCUUUGUGAAAAACAUCAUUGACAUGACGAAAGGCGUGUGUUUAAUUUUCGUGCAUUGUGAAACUACGACGAGCUAUGUGCUUUGACGUGCACGAGUGAAAACUAGUUUCGUUCAAAGACUCGUGAAGGUGUGGAGACGACGUGCGUGUUAGCCACCAUGGCGGUGAAUCCGCGUGAUAUGGACGGUUUUAUGCCGCUCCUGUCAACGACGGACAUCAAGAAAAAGUUAAAUGUUGGUAGUUUACUGUUGAAUUAUUUAGGAGAUGCAACAAAGAGUAUCGAAUGUCAAGACAUCGGGCAGUUUAUCGAUAACAUCAUACCAUGGUUAAGCAACGGCAAUCCUAAGGUCGUCCAGAACGGUUUAGAAAUCCUCACGUUUCUUGCGGAUCGAAUGGGUCACGACUUCAAACCUUAUAUUUCCACUAUUAUUCAACCAACGAUAGAUCGGCUGGGUGACAGCAAGGAUGCGACACGGGAAAAAGCGCAGCUAGUGCUCCUUAAAAUAAUAGAAAAAGGAUGUAUGACUCCUCAACAACUUUUGGAUAGACUGCGGCCGGCCUUUAAUCAUAAGAAUGCAAAAUUACGGGAGGAAGCUCUAAUUUUGUUAACAACAACGUUGAACGAACACGGCGCUGAUGAAAUGAUGUUGUCAGGGGUAAUUCCAAGUAUCGUAAAAUUAUUAUCAGAUCCAUCUGAAAAAGUGCGAGAAACUGCUUUGAACACAUUAGCGGAUAUCUACAGACACGUUGGCGAGAGAUUACGCGUGGAUUUGCAGAGAAAGCACAAUGUACCGCAAGCUAAAUUACUGUUGUUGAUAGAGAAAUUCGAUCAAUUGAAAGCGGCUGGCGAUCUGCUGCCUCUAGCAAUGUCUUCGGAUGUUGGGAAAAUCUCUGAUGAAACGGAUAGAGCUAUUAAAUCAGCUCCUGUGAAAAGAUCAGCUGCUCCUCUAAAAAGAGGACAAUUCGGUCCAGCGAAAACUUCAUCUUCAUCUUUAGCUCAGCCUGGUAAUACACCUUCCAUGGUUCCAAGGGCUACAACCGUCAAAAGAAACGUGUCAGUAAAAUCGACAUCAGCUCAAGCUGGUGCCGUCGAUGAAGAAACCUUCCUUACAACAUUCGAAGAUGUGCCAUCCGUAAAUUUAUUUUCCGCAAAAGAUCUUGAAGAGCAAAUGAAAAUUAUAAGAGAUAAUGUUGGUGAUGAUAAAAAAGAUUGGAAACAAAGAACAGAAAGUAUGAAAAAAUUAAGAGCAAUCAUUAUCGCAGGUGGUACGAAUUACGAAAACUUUUUAGAAAAUUUAAAGAAUGUUCAAAGACCUUUUGAAGUUGCUUGCACGGAUCUUAGAUCGCAAGUAGUAAGGGAGGCGUGCAUUACUUUAGCAUAUCUUAGUCAACAGUUAAAAAAUAAGUUUGCCAGCUUUGGAGAAGCAGUCUUACUCACCUUAAUGAAUCUCAUACAAAAUAGUGCCAAGGUUGUGGCAACAGCUGGUGCCGUAGCAGUAAGGUUUAUUCUUCAAAAUACACAUUGCAGUCGUUUUGUGCCAAUUAUCACUUCAUGCUUAGGUCACAAAAGUAAAGACAUACGUCGAGCUUCAUGCGAAUAUCUAAAUCUAAUUUUACAAAUAUGGCCUACUCAAAUAUUACAAAAACACGUGACCACAUUGCAAGACACGAUCAAGAAAGGUAUUGCAGAUUCAGAUUCGGAAGCGAGAGCUUUUGCUAGGAAAUCGUACUGGGCAUUCAAAGAUCAUUUCCCGGAACAAGCAGAAGCAUUGCUCAAUAGCCUUGACACUGCAUAUAAGCGUUCGUUAAUGUCUCUCAGCAAUAGCGGUAGCAUUAACAGUUUAAAUGUAGUUACGAGAUCAGCGAGCGUUAGUCCCCGAACAUCCAGACCAGUCAUGAGUGUUACAGGUAGUACGGAAAAUUUGCAUCAAACUUCGGGUCAACCACAUGGCCCACUCAGACGAACGCCGUCCUUGCCACGGUCAUAUCGUCAAUCUGGUAUCCCAGUCCUCCAAAGACCCACUGAUAGUCAUUAUCGUGGAACUUCGAGUGUUAGGUCGACUAGUGCGAUAGAUUUGCAAGCCGCACAAAGAGCAAAAGCGAGAAUGAUGUAUGCUAACAUGAGUAGACAGAAAGCAUCACUUCCACGUCCUAGCAAAUCACCAGACACAACUGCUGUUGCUAGUCCAGAAAGAACGGCAAGAACAAGGACCCGAAUGUCUGGGGUGUCGCAAUCUCAGCCUAGCAGUAGAUCAGGAUCGCCAUCAUCAAGACUGAGUUAUGCAACUUAUAAUCGUGAAGGAGAAUCGUUAAUUGCAAGACCUAGACGGUUAUCUGGACAUGGAAUCAGAAGUACCGGUAAUAGUCGUGAGCCAAGCCCACAAAGGUUUGGAAUGGACAGAAGUUUUGCAAGCAAAAUACGGGGAAGAAGUUUACAUAUGUCCCCAACGGAUAGACCUCAAUCUAGACCAGUCAUGGCACAAAAGAUGUUGCAACAAUCGCGGGAAGCAGAAUCAGCAUUGGCAGAUGCGCUUACAUUUGAAAAUAUUGAUAAUUAUACAAGAACACCAAGAGGAAAAGGUGAUCACAGUGAUGAUAGUGAAACUAGCAGCAUAUGUUCCGAACGAAGUAUGGACAGUUUUAGACGACCAAACGAUUCGUUCUCAUGGAGUGGCUCUCAACAAAGACUAUAUCGUGAUAUGUGGGAUCAGUCUAUCCCAAAGGAUAUUAAGGAAAUUAUAGAAAAUUGUGCACAUAAACAUUGGGGCGAUAGAAAAGAAGGUUUAGUUGGAUUACAACAUUUUCUUUCAAAUGGAAAUACGCUUACAGCUACGGAAUUGCGAAAAGUAACGGAUAUUUUUACGAAAAUGUUCAUGGAUUCUCACACAAAAGUUUUCAGUUUAUUUUUGGACACAUUGAAUGAAUUAAUAACUACUCAUAGUGAAGAUCUUGGUGAUUGGCUUUAUGUUUUAUGUGCAAGACUUUUGAAUAAAUUGGGCACUGACUUACUUGGUUCGAUACAAGCAAAAAUUCAUAAAACGCUUGAAGUUGUUAGAGAAUAUUUUCCAGGAGAGCAACUUUUACCUGCUGUAAUGAGGUAUUUAACAGAUCCAACACAAACUCCAAAUUCUCGCGUAAAAGUGGCGACGCUUAUGUUUAUCACACAAAUAGCAGAAACAGCACAACCAUCUGCACUUAAUAGUUCCGCAGGAACAGCAUUAGCAAGGUUACUCGAUUGGUCGAAUGAUGUUAAAAGUCAAGAAGUCAGAAGGCAUGCACAAAAUGCUGUUAUAUCGUUAUAUAAUUUAAAUCCUCCAAAAGUAACUAUGAUAUUAGCUGAAUUACCGAAGUAUUAUCAGGAAGCGGCAUUGCCAUUAGUACAGAAUCAUUUAAGAAAAUCAUCAGGUUCGAGUAAUCCUGCAUCUCCUGGAACUCCUCCUCCUAGAGCACAGAGCUCACCAGCUCGUUCGAAAGGUAAAACUGAUAUCGACAAUGCGGAUGAAAACUUGGAAGAAGUUUAUAAAUCUUUAAGACGUACAACAGCUGAAAUACAAAAUUACGGUUUUGAACGUUUGGAAAGAGCAACUACUAGUAAAGAUAGUGGAAUUAGCAAUAUGGCUGAUGUAGAAGAAAAAAUGGAAGGACUUACAUUAUGCAAUUCGGGUCGUUCAUCUUCUGUUUCUUCUCCUACGCAAAGAGGACGAUCUGUUACUAACAUUACAGUAAAUGGUUCAAGUGAUACUAUUGCAGGAGAUCUGAUUCUACCUCAAGAAAAUAAUGGUUACAAAACGCAUGGUUCAUCACCUGAUUCGAUAAAAAGGCCAGAAGUUUUAGAUAAUAUGAUUAAAACAUUACAAUCUAAAAUGACACAAACUGAAGAAAAAGUAUCAGCAUUACAAGAAUUUCAAUUAUACGUUCGUGAGGGAGAUGCCUUGUACAUUAAACAAAAUUUUAAAAAACUGCUCAAAACAUUAUUAGAUAGUUUGACUAACGAUAGUAAGAAGAUGCAAGUAGAAGUACUUCAAACUCUAAUUGAUAUGCUUAAAUGUACGGAACUUGUAGAUAGCUUUUCUGUUUAUCCUGAAUUACUGGUUUUAAAAGUGAUUAACGCGUAUAAGUUAGAUGAUCAGAAACAAGAUUCUUCCAGUAGCAGCAAUUCCAGAUCUCCAGUUUUAUGGAUGGCGGAAAAAUGUGCUGCAACAAUAGCAAUGGUUUUAAAACCAGAACAAGUUAUUCACUUAGUAUCAACUAUAAUAACUACUGAACCAUAUCCCUUGAAUAUGGGCGCAAUAAAAAUGCUUCAUAAGGUUGUGGAACAUUGGGGUCGUGAUGCAAUAGAACCUCAUUUAUCAAAAGUUAUGCCUGGUCUUAUCAAAGCAUAUGAUGAUACCGAGAGUGCAGUACGUAAAAGUGCUGUAUUCUGUAUGGUAGCAAUACAUUUGGCAGUUGGUGAAGAGCUGUUGAAACCUCAUCUCAGUUGUUUAUAUACCAGCAAAUUGAAGCUUUUAAACAUUUAUAUACAACGCGCGCAACAAGCGAACAGUCAACCAGCAAGUCCACGUAGCAAUAGCAAAAAUUAACUAACAUCAAAUUCCGCGACACUUAGGAUCGCGAUACUUAAAAGGUUUGCUCGUUUGAGUGCAAGACAUGAACGAAUGCUGGUUAGCUUCCUUAGUAAGUCCAAUCCGUGACAACUAUCAUCGAACGAUAGAACAAUACAAGUCGAUGUUUUUCAAUAUGAUAGACUGAUCUGCAUGAUUUCACGGCAAGGUGUGUGCGACAUACCUGACCUCCUGACAGUGAUGUUGCACAAAAACAGGUAGUAUACAAGUUAUUUAUGCAUAUUGUUUUGUUUACCAAAAAUUUAUACCUAUUGCAAUGAGAGAAUUGCUUUAGAUGUAAGAUUUCUCCAGUCAUAAUAUAUAUAUUUUUUAUUGAUACGUUACAUCUUGAUAUUAAGUUGCAGCGUCGUUUCUUGUGAAAGAAAGAAGAAAAAGCUUUAAAAAAAAAAAAAAAAAAAAAAAAAACAAACUACCUCCGUAUGUUAUGCAGCUCAUAAAGAAUAGUAUCGUGCCUCUUGUUCACACUUUGUGAUUUUGUAUACUUUGAAUUUUGUUCGCUAUUUGUUAGGAUAUUGUAUAUAUAUUUAGGUAUCUCAGUGUAUUGUUGUGCAUCUUUUAGAGUUGAUUGCGAUGAUUUAAUAGGAAUGUGAUUCCAAAUAAUUUAAAUAUCGACUCGAUCUAAUUGGAAGUAUGAGAAGACAGUGCGACAUCACUGCCGAGAGACUCAUAUAUUUUGUAAGCAGAAUGGACGUGAAUUGCCAAUUAUAACGGUACCGAAAGCAUUGUAUAAAAAUACAUUAUAUGCUUGUUCGCCGAUUUACAAACAUCGCUAAUAUUAUUGCACGUGGCAAUAAAUUUUGCUGUGCACUUUGCAAUGAUUAAGUUAGAAGGGAAAUAAAGACGGUAAUAUCAAGAUGAGAAUGGGCGUUAUGUUUGGUAUCGGCUCUGUAUGAACAGUGAUAAUGAAUAAAUUUCAUAUAAAAUAUUUUUUUUCGCAUUUCAGCAUUAACGAGACAAAGCUCUCGCGAGUAUCGUAUUUGUUAAUGAUUAUACGUAAUACGAUCAUCAUGGGAGCUUUUAUACACGUGUAUAAGUCGAAAUGUCGAAAAAGACAUAAUGAAUUUAUUUGUUCAAAAUCCAUGUGCUAGUCAGUUUCCAAGGACGCACAAUGACCCAAGAGAUGCAGACGAGAUAAAGUUCGGAAGUUUCUCGAAAAAGAAAAACAGAGUCUGUGAGAGAGAAACGGAGAGAAUGUGUAGAAUGAAUGAGAGAUGCGACGAAAUCAGCAAAACUAGAGUAGGAAUGAUUAAGGGAAUGAUAUUCGAAACUAACGUUAAUAUUUAAACUAUUCGUCACGUUGCCAAUAAUUAAACGAAUGCUAAAUCAAACAUAACAAGUUUAGUAACAUUCUGUGCCAUUGUCGUUUUUUGUUUUAUUUAUAAUAAGGAUAAAAUUAUACAUAAUAUAUAUAUACACACACACACACACACACAUAUAUAUAUAUAUAUAAUCUAUUUUGUCCUUUUCUUACUAGUAGGAUGAAAUAACAGAAUAAUUUAAUUGAAAGUGAACCAUUAUAAUAUUAAAAGCAGAAAAGAAAUAGAUAUUGCAUAUUAAAUUUGACCAUUCAUAAAUUUUUCUUCAAAAAUACAAAUAUUAUAAUAUUAAGUUGACAAAGUUAUAAAUCUUUGUGAGAUUGAAGUUAUAAAUGCGAUUCACACCUAACUCGACAUAAUAAAACACGUGAUAAUGUGUUUUGAUUUUUAAUAGGUGGCCAAAUAGUGCCAAAAAAUGGUAAUGUGCGACAGGAAAGCAAUUGGAUUCAAACGUUCGAGUAGUCAGGUUAUUUCUUUUACUUGGUGCCUUUGGCGUCGUCAGAACAAGAUAUGUUCGAGGAUCGUCUUUCAUCUUCUUGUAAAAAAGAGAAAAAGCUAUCGUUAAAGUGAUUGUAGUGCAAGUAGCUAGAAAACUCCUGUAUUUGCUGAUGUUGCGUAAAACGGACAGUGAUUAAGUGAUCAAGAUAAAAGUUUCUCAUUCGUUAUUGCGAUAGAUAAACAAAAAAAAAAAAAAAGAAAAAAAGAAAAAAAAAGAAAAGAAAAGAUUCGGAUUAUCUCAACAAUAUUCGUGUUCAUUUUGCUAUUUUAUCGUAGAACACGAAGAACGCCAGUUUUCGUGGAUUGAUACAUGUAUCAUCGACAUCGUUUAAGAAUGUAAUCAUGUCUAUUUUCAUAAAUUGUGGUAGUCGUAAAAUGAAUUGUACGGACGCGAAUCGUUUUUACCAAUUGCGAUUUGAUUACAGACAGGAUAAAUGGUUUUUCAUUCACGGGAAAUCGGUAGGAAGUUUUACGAUGCAACUUGGAAUUUUCAAUGAAGGAAACGAAUGGAGAUACGUGUAGGAUUUAGUGUGAUUAUCAAUUUGUCUAAUAUAAACUUUUUUAACAUUACGUUUGUUGAUAUUCUUUUUGCAAUUCAUUCGUCAUUGCCGUAAUUAUUUAAAAAA